ACAAAUCACAAGUAACUAAGAUAAGUAGGUAUGUUCUUUUUAAAGUAUAAGGACAUAGAAGUUAUCUUUUAAAACGUACAUCAAUUUGAUGAAAAUAUUUUGUUACUUAUGAUAAAGCGACCAAAAUGGAAAGGUUAAAAUUUCACAUUGCAGAUUACGUUGUAAUGGUGAUAUUUCUUGUUAUAUCUUCUGCGAUUGGAAUUUACUAUGGCUUUUUCAAGAAACAGAGAACAACGGAGGCAUAUAUUCUUGGUAACCGGCAGAUACACCUUGUUCCAGUUGCUCUGUCGUUGGCAGUCACUUUUCAAUCCGCAGCAUCAAUUAUAGGAUUACCAAGUGAAAUCUAUCUGUAUAACAUUAUGGUGUUUUAUAUAACAUUUGGAAUUUCUAUUGCAAACCUUAUACAGGCCCUUGUCAUCGUGCCUUUGGUACAUCCGCUAAGAUUGACGAGUGCAUAUGAGUAUCUUCAGCGUCGUUUCCAGUCUAGAGCCGUGCAGCUUCUUGGAAUGUCUAUGGGCAUGUUGCAAACGCUUCUAUAUGUCAGCAUUGUCUUAUAUUCUCCAGCUCUGGCGCUUGAAGCAGUUGCUGGAAUUCCAAUAUGGUUAUCAAUUGUAUUAAUAGGAGUUUUAGGAACUGUUUACACUGCCAUUGGAGGAAUGAGAACAGUGAUAUGGACAGAUACCUUUCAGUUUGUUAUGCUUUAUGGUGGACUUACUGUGAUCCUUAUACUGGGUAUAAAGGAAAUUGGAAGUUUGUCAAACGUUUUUGCGUUGUCAUUGGAAGGUGAUCGAAUGAAAUUUGAUGAGAUAAACCCAGAUCCUCGUGUACGUCACACAGUGUGGGGAUGUGUUAUUGGUGGUGUCUUUAACUGGCUUCCAAACUGUUGCAACCAGUCAGCUAUACAGAGGAUAUCUUCCAUAGAAAAAGCUAAAGAUGCUAAAAUUGCUACGCUUCUGAAUAUACCACUUGGAGUAAUCUUCGAUUUGAUUCUUUUACUGACUGGUCUGGUGCUUUACGCAUACUUUGUUAUACAAGCUUGUGAUCCACUUGGUAACAACCAGUUGUCAAAUCCGAACCAGUUGAUGAUAUACUUCGUCAUGAAAGUGUUAAAUAGUGUACCAGGACUGGCUGGAAUAUUUCUUGCAGCAGUUUUUAGUGGAGCAUUAAGUUCAUUGUCUUCGGGAAUAAACUCAAUGGCUACAAACACUCUUCAAGAUAUCCUGGCUAAUCCAUUGAAGGAAGCGUUACAGAUCAAAAAGACAUUAAUUGCAAAAGUAUUAGUGCUUGUGUAUGGCAUAUUGACGGUCGCAUUGGCUUACUUGUCCCAGUAUUUGACAGGACCAGUUACACAGAUGGGACAGACAGCUUUCGGCGCAGCCGGUGGUCCAGUUGUUGGUAUAUUUUUCUUGGGUUCAGUCUUUCAGCAAGCAAACAAAAAGGGAGCUCUAACUGGUGGAAUCUGUGGUAUUGUAGUAAACAUGUGGAUUGCACUUGGAUCUUUCCUGUAUGGAUAUAAAGCUCCACUUUCAAAGCCAGUCACUUUAUCUGGAUGCACCAGUAAUGAAACAGCCUUUUCUGAGCUAAAUCCGACUAGCAGCUAUCACAGUUCAACAUUUGAUUUUUCUCUCAAUCGCGACUGGAAUGAUUCUGUAACACAUGGCAUAAUCAAGUAUCAACAAAAUUUGGACGACGACCAUAUUUUUAUCUAUGACUUGUCUUACAUGUGGCUUGGAUUAAUAGGAUUUCUGAUCGCCGUAAUCAUCGGUUUGGCAGUUAGUUUUAUUACAGGUAAAGAUAAAGAACAUCCUACAGAACCGGUGUACAUCAUUCCUUUUCUACGGCGUGUAUGGACAUUUGACGAGUCUACUUUGCAUGGAAACACACGAAUUGAAAACUGUUUAGUUUUAAAAGAUACAGAAAUUUGUAUAGAUAAUUCUAUGAAUGGAAAUACAAAAGGCAUUGGUACAACUUCGUGUAACAAUUGAUAUAACUGUACUAAAACAUAGGACCAUUAUAUGCGUAUUUCAUGCCAGUGCAGUAUUUUUAACGUUCAAAUUGUUUGCGAUGAAAUAUGAAAAACAAAAUCGCCUGUAUGAAAAGGUAAAGCACUUGCUAAUAUGGUGAUUAUGUAUUCAUUCUUCAGUUGUGCACAGAUAGAACAUUAUAAUAAUUAUCGUGUGGAAUGAAUAAUAAAGCAUUGUGUUUUAAACCCUUGCGUAUAGACACACGUACAUCAGGUGUAAUAAGUGUUCCGUCCACACCCUUGAUAUAGUCAGCGUUCGUUGACUGCGCUGCGAAGUCACAAGUAGCUAUCGCUAGUAGCUCUGUUAAGACUCCUGUGCUAUAUCGUUAUGAGAAUAUUCGACGGUCUGACUUAUUUCCGUAAAUAUAUUUCGUGUGCCAACUGAUCAAGGGUACAGAUAACAGGGUACUGGUUCAGCAAACUACAUAAGCAUUGUCUACAUGAAAUAAACUAAAUAUUGCGAAAUGAAAGUACAUCACUAAUAUAAACCUGAAUCGUUACAGCGCAAGAUCUGCUGCACAUAAAUAAUCAACGGGUAAAGUUUUCACGUAUAUUUUAAAUAUUAGACUAUUUAACACUAUAGACAAAACAUUUUAACAUAUAACUGUGGCAACAAUGAUCAUAUGCAGAAGUUGUGUACUUAAACUUCAAUAACAUUUCAUCUUUUUUGUUGCAUAAUCACGAUUCUUACACGACCUGAUUAUUUCCCAUUUAACAAAGAAGACUGUUAUGCAACACACAAACCGCUCUGUCUCUACUUCACAUUUAUUACGCCAUAGUCUCAAACGUCAAAGUGAUGCGCUGGAAAAGAAACCAAACAAAACAGGCAAAUAAUGGGUAUAUAUCUUCAAAGUUGUAGGCAGUUACCCAAGAUAACAUUUUAGAAUAUAUAUAUAAUAAUAUCUUGAAUAAAAUCAUUGUAUUUCAGAUGCGUAUUGAUAUAUCAAUAAAUUCCUUCACAUAUGAUUGUAUUUAACGACAAAUCACUGUUUGGGAUAUAAAUCAUUUCUUAAAUCCCAUAUGCGACACUGUUCAAAAAUCUUGAAAUUUUCUUAAAACCCAUUGCACGGUGUAUACCCAUAUCGGAUCCCUCUCUGUGGAAAAUGAGAAAACGGACCCCUCUCUGUUCGCGCACAGGACACUCUCUGUGCUAAACAAUGAACUCCAACGUCAGUCAGCUCGGAAAAUCAAAUAUUUCGUCCUAAACACAUUUUUGUGCAUAAAAACAUAUGGCCCACGGAAUGACGUAGCUAUAUACCAUUGCUUUUUUUAUCGUUACAUUUGUUUUAUCAGUUCACACAACUUCAAACGAAGAUGUAAUGUAGACGGAGGGUACUGGCUUGGAUGAACAUCGUGCAGUGUUUAUAAAACUUAAAUACGACCUUCUUAAAUAUAGCAAAUAUCUGGUACCUUAGAUGUGAAGUCGUUGAUCCCAUCUUACUUGUAAACACACUUUA